UCUUCUUCUCCAAGCAAGGAGACGAACCCCACUUAGGUUUGCUCUGCCUCUCCCAAAGUCAGAGAGGCAAAAACCUAAUCGAACAGCAUCACUUUAUAAAGAAGUCAGCAACGAUGAGAUUCCUGAGUCCUGGAGAAGAAGUCCCGCGUAGAACCCAGAAAGAAGGGCUUAACAUGGAACCCUCCACCCCCGCCCAAACUUGCGAGUCCUCCUCCACUCUCCUACAAUCUUCCCCUGCCAACCCAGAACUGGACGCUCUCAUGUCGGACAUAAAUACGGUCAUAUCGGCUUCUGGAGCUGUUGAUCAGCGCCGGAGGAGUUCCAGUCUCGUUUUCAAGCAGUUGAAACCAAACACCACUUUGGCCAAUGACGAGAAUAGAUUUUGGGUUUCGACAGUUCAACGGAGCGGAGCUGAGUCGCCGGGUUUUGAACCGAGUAGAGACGAAGAUUAUGCGACUUCUAGUGAGUUUAAAGGGAAGAUAAAGCUGGACUUGAAUGUUGGUUUCUCCGGGUUCGAGGAUGAACUUGAAGGAGGUAAAGGCAGCGAUGAUAAAGAAGGUGAGAAGAUAUUGUUGAGUAGUGGGAGUGUAGAGGUUGGUGUGGAGAUGUUGGAGGAAGAAACAAGAUCAGGGGAUGCAGCAGGCGGUGUUAAGCGCAAAAGGUGUAGCAGAGAAGAGAAAGGCAAGCGAAAACUGGUGGAGGUCGAUGAGGAGCUUGAUGGAGAGGAAUUGGUUAUAUUGGAUGAAGAACCAAGUUUUUUUUACGGGAGUGGUAUUCUCAAGCGUUGGAGAGCAAGUAGAGAAGAAAGAGAGAAGAGAAAACUUGUCAUGGAUGAUCUAUUGAGGAGUGGUAUUGAUGUAAUAGAACUUGAUUCAGAGCCUGAAGCAGAGAAUUCAGUUUAUGAUACCCAAGGGAGAACAGAAAAUAAGGAAGAUCAAUGCAAAAGAACAGUGAGUGAUGUGAGUGAAGAGGGUAACAUUAACAUAAGAGGGAAUGAAUCAAAGGGAGGGGAAUACAGGCAACGUCGGUUCCUUGAAGUGGCUAGGCAACAGGCACAGCAUUAUGCAGUUUUUAACGAAAAUCAUCGGUCUCUUGGUGCUGAAAGUGAGGGGACUUCUUCUUCACUAAAAAAUAAGUCCACAAAUGUUAAUUGGGUUCCAAGGAAUAGUCAGGACCAUCAUCGCUCGAAGCCGUUGGUCCCUUCACUUUUAGAGCUAAGCAUGAAAAUUCUUGUCAAGAAUACUGAUGCAAUCACUUCACUUGAAGGUGUCCCAGAUGAAGUGAAGAAUAGGCUUAGUCAGUUGGUAUGUGAUUCUAGGAGAAUGAACACUCAUUUUUUUUCCCUCCUUGUCUGCGGAUCCCCUGCAGAGGUACGCUUGAGGGAUUGUUCAUGGCUAACAGAGGAAGAAUUCACAAAAUCUUUUGCGGAUUGUGACACAAAACAUCUGAUGGUAUUACAACUUGAUCAGUGUGGGCGCUGUUUGCCUGAUUAUGUAUUACAAGCUAGCUUAGCUCGGUCACCAAAAUGCUUACCAGCACUAGCUAUUCUAUCCCUCCUUGGUGCAUUCCGGCUUUCUGAUGUUGGGAUAAGUGCACUUGUUUCUUCUGCCCCUGCACUAAGAUCUAUAAAUCUUAGCCAGUGUUCACUUCUCACCUCCAUUAGUAUCAAAACAUUGGCUGACUCAUUGGAAUCAAGUCUGAAAGAAUUGUACAUUGAUGAUUGCCAAAAUAUUGAUGCUAUGCUUAUUCUGCCACCAUUACAGAAGCUAAAACAUUUAGAAGUGUUGUCAUUAGCAGGCAUUCAAACUGUUUGUGAUGAUUUUAUUAGAGAAUUUAUUACUGCAUGUGGUCACAAUAUGAAGGAGCUUGUUUUAACUGAUUGUGUGAAAUUGACUGAUACUUCCUUGAAAGUUAUUGCUGAAUCCAGUUCUGGAUUAUGCAGACUUGACCUUGCUAACUUGUGCAAAUUGACAGACUCUGCUGUGGGAUAUCUCGCUAAUGGUUGUCGAGCAAUUCAAACACUGAAACUUGGCCGUAAUUCAUUCAGUGAUGAAGCUAUUGCUGCCUAUUUGGAAACCUCUGGAGAGUCCCUAAAAGAACUCUCCCUGAAUAAUUUGACCAAGGUUGGCAACAAGACAGCCAUGUCACUUGCUAGACGCUUAAAAAAGUUGAUAAACUUGGAUCUGUCUUGGUGCCGGAAUUUAACAGAGGAGGAUUUUGGUUUGAUUGUGGAUGGUUGUUUGUCACUGAGGGUGCUCAAAGCUUUUGGAUGCACUCAGAUUACAAAUGUUUUUGUGGAAGGUCACUCCAAUCCAAACCUACAAAUCAUUGGUCUGAAACUGUCUUCAAUAUUGGAAAAUCUCAAGGUGUCUGAUCCUCAACAACUGCUGAAAUAUUCCCCGUUGCCUCUUACUAUCUGGUCUUCAUUUGCAUCAUCAGAUGCAUGAGAUUGGCAUCCGGUGGCAAUGCAUUUUCUCUUGUAAACUCAUUGCAGUAUCAUACUGUAUGUAUGUAUAGUCAAAAUUGAAGUGGAAAGAUUAGCAUUAGAAUCACUAAAAUUUUGUUCAUUGUUAUGCUUCUCUAAUAAUUCCAGUUGUGGAAGAUUCUUGUAUACAUUGUAUGUGGAUCGGCUUCUGAUAUUGCAUCUAGGUGAUACCAUAAACAAUAAUAAUGAAGAUUCACGUCCAA